AUGAAAACACUAGAAACAGUGCAGCGUCGCUUCACCAAAUGGUUCGCGGGUUUAAGACAUCUAUCUUACGAGAGGCGUCUCGAGGCGUUAGACCUUUUCUCAUUAAGCAGGCGUCGGCGGCGCGGGGACUUGAUCGAAGCGUACAAGAUCCUGAUGGAUGUACCGAAUGGAGCGCUGCUCAAGCUCAGUGAAACAGCGAACCUGAGAGGGCACACUCUGAAACUGGUUAAAGAUAGAGUGGGGACUCGGCUUGGAAUGUCCCCGAUCGCAACAAGAGUUGUGGAUGACUGGAACAGACUGCCGGAUGAAGUCAUCGCUGCCAACUCGACAGCAGACUUCAAACGCGGAUUAGACAUGGUAUGGACCAGGGUGUUCGAGGAGGGCGGGGACUGA